AUGUCCUCCCAAACCCCCGAUGAGAUUUGCGCAGAGAUCGCCCAAAACUGGAGUUUGCAGGACGCUGCGGAUGCGCUACCAGGCCGACUGCAGCCGUCCAGAACGAAAGAUGCAACCGCAUGGCCACUUAGCCUACUUGAAAACCUUCAAGAGCUUUCCCGCCUCGCGCCAGAUAAGUUGAAGGAAGUGCAAAUCAAGUUGGGCGACCGGAUAGAUUUCCGACGUGCGCAUCGGACCAGCAGAGAACAAUGGGUGAUAGCCUCCGAUAUUCCGCAUGUCAUUAGGCAGUAUCGACCUCCACAGCCUCGAUUGCGGGACAAUGCAGCAUUGCUGAUAGCAGAUCCGGCCGCUGUACGUCGUUCAGGUCGCCUUGCUAAGAAGAACAAUCCCGAUUCGUCGGUGGGGCCCGUUCCACUCGCUCAGGCUCCGUCAGGUCCGCAUGGCAGUUCUCGAAAGCGCAGACGAGGGGAAGAGGACGAAAGCCAUGUCGAUGCAUCGAGUCCCCGUAAGCGAACACGCAAACAACAUAAAGCGGCCGUCGACACUCCAGACUACCCGAGCAAUGACGCAAGUACGGGCAUGGAAAACGGCAAUGAAGUAACCGGAGUUCGAAGAAGCGACGCAGACGAUGCUCCCGAAGCAGACCAAGACCUCACGCCAGAUGAUUCGCUCUCACAGGCCGGACCGGGGACCGUCGACCAGAUAGCGGAGGGGAUCAGCGUCCUAAGCUUCGGGAAACGGUAUCCCAUCCCGGCGAAUGCAACGAUUGAUGAGGAAAUCGAGCUGUUGGAGAUUCAACAGAAGAUGGAGCGCGAUCAUGCAGCGGCACGUGAUGGGAAACUCGAAUACAAGAUUAAAGUCGCUCGUAUUCGGAAGAGACUGCUUGAGGAGCCUACCAGCGCUGGCGUAAAGGGUGUGAAUGGCGACCCAUUGCGAAAGUGUGUUUAG